AUGUUCUACGACUACGAUGACGAGCAGUAUUAUGAUCUCAACCAGUUCCACCCGGCCCGGGGGCCUCAGACUUACAGCACCCUCGAAGUCGUGUCCCCAAACUCUAAUCCCACGCUCGACACCGAGAAGAUCCUCACUCUGCACUACGACAAGGAGGUUGUCUCCCCGAUCCAGCAGCAGCAGCACUGUCUUCCGCUUCCAGUGCCGCUACUAGAUCUAUCACCAGAACAACAGCAGCGGCAACAGUCACCAGAACAAUAUCAAGCACAACCAGGACAGCAACCAGACAUCCUCCCCCCGCUACCGACACAUUCACCACAACAACACCAACACCGAGCCCAACCCUCCGGCCUACCAUACGACCACCCAGACUACUACUCCCCCCACGCCACAACCAUCUACAGCGGUGACCACGGCCUCCACGGCGAAAAGAUCCCCGCCGAGCGAGUCCCCGGCGGGAUGGACGGUAUCGGCAAAGGAAAGAUCCUCGGCCUUCCCCGACGGACCUUUUUCAUCCUCGUCUGGGUGACCACGCUACUGAUCGCCAUCGCAAUCGGUAUCGGCGCAGGAGUGGGCGUGGGGUUGAAGUCACACAGUUCCGGUGCCAAUAGCAGCGGGAGCAAUAAUGGUGGUAACAAUGGGAAUGAUGGGGGGUUAGUUGGGGGGGUAUCAACGGCUGUUGGCGGUCCGGGGUCGAUGCCGGAUCAGACGGCGUCACCGGGGUCGGGGUCCCAGACGCAGUUGGGGAUGGGGGGGUCGAGUACGGGGUCUAGCGGGUCAGUCAAGACUAAGACUAGGACUCACCAGAAGCCGAGCACCACUUUGACUACCUCCUCCCGUCCCUCAUCGUCAUCCUCAUCCUCACCUCCACCCGAAGAAACAACCACCUCUAACCCCCCACCUCCCCCAACAACAACAACCCCAACAACCACCUCCAACCCCCCUCCCACAUCCUCCCCCACGAGCUCCCCAACUCCCACCCCCACAGCCCAAGCAGGCUACACAAACGGCCGGUGCGUCAACAACUGGGGCGGCGACUGCAUCUGUCUCGACGCCGACGAGUGCGCAACCCAAUGGCAGGGUCAACCCUACCGCGGCACAGUCGACAACCGGCCCUGUCCGGGGAGCAGCACCAACCCGGAUCAGACGACAGGAGAUACUACGGGGGUGAUGGCUUGUGUGGUGCAGCCUUGUGGGGGGAGGGGGAGGCCCGCGCAGUGUUUGUGGGCGGAUGCUUGUGGGGGGGAUACGGCGGACCUCGAGUUCGGCUCCGGCAUGCCCUGGUGGGGGCGAUUUCUCUAG